GCCUCCCUCCUCCAGUCCUAGCUGGGCAGAGUAGAGAGCAGGAUCCCCAGUGGUGCCUGCAUUGCUCAGAAGAAUCCACUUCAGUGACUUGAAGUAUAAGAAACUUGUUUUCCCUUGUAACUCACUAUAACAUCUUCAGCACUGAGUACUCCUGGCUUCUGCAGACAAGAGAAUAUGUCAGUCUUGCUCUUGCCCCUCCUACCUUGGCUUCUCUGCCACCAGGCAUACGGUGCAGACCUUCAUGCGAUCAACAUGCUCCAUCUGUCCUACUUUCCAGAUAAUUGCUCAGUGGAAGUUGUAGGCAAUGCUACUCUGGAUGGAAAGCUCACUCAUACUUUGGAGGGGCACAACGAACAGCUCAAUGUGAGCCAGCUGCUCCCACUGGAGCCUUCCCAUCUUUGGACACAGAGGAAGAGCAACGUGUACCAGUACAUACAGCAGUUCCAAGACAUGGUCAAAGUGAUAGCUCGGGAGAGGCAUGUAGAAUAUCCCUUUCAUGUACACUGCAUUCAGGGCUGCCUGAUCUUCCACAACAGCACCAGUCACAGCUUCUACGAGGUGGCACUGAAUGGGCGUCCUUUCCUGAAAUUCUACGCUGCCAACGCUACAUGGUUGCCUUUGAAGGCCUCCCACAUGGCCUCGUAUGCCACUGGCCAGCUGAACUACUACAACGAGACCACAAAAACCCUGCAGUUUUUCCUACAAGAAACAUGUGUUAAGUUUGUGAAGGAGCACAGCGAUGUAAACCAACCCUUGACUGGAGAGCGUCACGGUCGCUCACACACCCCACUGGUGCUGGGCAUCAUUGUGGGUGCCUUUGCUCUACUGGGCCUAGCUGUUUGCAUCUUCCUGUGCACAGGCGGGAAAAGAUAACAUCAAGCACCGUAACAUUAUGAGCCAAACUCAACUGAAGGGAAUGCUGCAAAACUCUGCUAUCUGUGUUUAAUCCUUUCAUGAAGAAACAGACCCAUGUUCAUAAAAUCCCACACCUCCUGUGAGUUUGAGCACAGCAGCAAGGCAACCAUCAUCGUAGGGACCUUUCUAUAUACUACCUGGAAGAAGGCUCUGCACUCUUGCCUUUGCAUGCCAUGACCAACAGUGGGCAGAAGCCACAAAGCACUGUAUAAAAAUUAAUAAUUCAUGGACUUCUUCAUGGUUCUCAAAUUGCUGGGACUUCUUCAGUGUUCCCCCUCCUAAUGUUUUUUUAAAAAAAUCCAUUCUGGCAGUGGGAGUUAUUACUGUUAGCAUUUAACACUUAUUUCAUUUCAGCAACAUGCAGUGAGGCGGCUUUGAUUCAUAUUUUUAAAACAAUUGGGGAAACAUAGGGUUCCUUGAUCCAGAGAUGGGCACCACACUAUCAUCUCCAAGUGAUGUGCAAAGAAAAGGUGUAACAGAGGACACCUCAGCAGAUCUGUGAGAGACGGAGACCAUUAUAUAUCCCCUUCACUAUGAUAAAGUCACAAAUUUUAACAAAGGUAACUCAACAUCUCAGGAACUUCGGGCAAGCAGGAGGGACUCAUAAAAGUUGGAUUAGGAGCAGCAGGGGGCCUGUUUUGAUUAAAUGGAAAGCUACAGUGUUUCUUUCAUAGAUGUCAUUAUUGAGCCCCUCUCCUUCAAGGGGAAUUUUUACUAGGGAGCACAACAUGGUUCUUUCCUUAUCUGAACAUCUUGAGCCUAACUACGAAUUGUAAGGCUAAGGAUCCACCUCAAUGAGUUAUUCCCAACUACCACUGCCACAGUGAAGCCUUGGAAGUAUGCCUCCCCCCCCAUUCCUUUUGAAGUCCACAGAGCGCCCUGUGUGUGGGCAGGUGGCAUCUGCAGUUGGAGGAGGACAGCAGCAGAACUAAUUGCCCCACUAACAGAAUGUUGCUUAGGAUCUAACCUCAAUGCAUUUUAAAUUUCUAAAGGGACUGGGAAUGAAACCUACCACAUCCUCUCUAGAGAACCUUUGAUACCUGCUCAAGCAGUCAAGGUCUCUCAUAAGAACAUAAGAGAAGCCAAUGUUGGAUCAGGCCAAUGAGAA